AUGGGACAAUCGACCUCAUCCCCAUUGUCCCUCACCCUCGACCAUUGAUCGGAGGUGCGGAAGAGGGCUCACAAUCUCUCCUUGCAGGUCAAGAAGAAUAAGUGGCAGGAUUUCUGCUCGACUGAGUGGCCUACUUUCUCUGUGGGAUGCCCACCAGAGGGGACUUUUCAUCUGCCCCUCAUCCUAGCAGUUAAGGACGUCAUCUUCCGCCCCGGGCAAAGGGGGCACCCUGAUCAGGUCGCUUACAUCUUGGUAUGGCAGGACCUCAGGGAGGAACCCCCACUAUGGGUAAAACCCUUUCUUCCCCCUUCUGACUCAUCUGUACCAAAGCUUUUAGCUCUGAAAGGACCUCCCACCCCGGCUCCGGUCCUGCCCGAUGCUGCUUCUCCGUCAGCCCCCUCUUCACCUGAACCGAAUCCCUCUUCUCCUCCGAUACCCCCGUCCCCUCUAUAUCCCCCUCUCCCUACAAUGGCUUGCCCCGAGCCCGCGCCUCCGGGGCCCACAGGCCCAGCCCAGAACACCCGGAGUAAGCUGCGGCCGGAGGAUCCAGUCGUUGCCCUCCCUCUCCGCCCCUAUGGGCCCAUGAUAGAUGAUGGGACAGAUGGAGGGCAGAUGCCCGCUCUACAGUACUGGCCUUUUUCUACCUCAGAUCUUUAUAACUGGAAAAACAAUAACCCUCCUUUUUCUGAUGAUCCUUCUAAGCUAACAGGUCUAAUGGAUUCUGUUAUGUUCUCCCACCAACCCACAUGGGACGACUGUCAACAACUCCUAGGGGUUCUGUUCACCACCGAGGAAAGAGACCGCAUCCUCCUGGAAGCCCGGAAAGCUGUUCUUGGAGAAGAUGGCAGACCCACCCAGAGACCAGACCUGAUUGAUGACUCCUUCCCCCUAAAGCGCCCCAACUGGGAUCCCAACUCACCUAACGGUAGGCAGCGUCUUUCUACCUAUCGCCAGACUCUACUGGCAGGUCUCCGGGCGGCCGCAAGGCGCCCCACUAAUCUGGCCAAGGUAAGAGAAGUUACCCAAGGACCUACUGAGACUCCCUCAGUUUUUCUAGAACGCCUGAUGGAAGCUUACCGGCGAUAUACGCCUUUUAACCCUGAGGAGGAAGGCCGACAAGGCUCGAUAGCUAUGGCCUUCAUAGGGCAAUCGGCCCCCAAUAUAAGACGUAAGCUCCAAAGGCUAGAUGGUCUCCAAGACCUAACUCUGAGGGAUCUUGUUAAGGAAGCUGAAAAAGUCUACUAUAAACGGGAGACAGAGGAAGAAAAAGAGUUAGCUAGGGACAAAAGACGAAACAAGGAAUUAGCUAAGGUGUUGGCCACAGUUAUUCAGGGAAAACCUGAGCCAGGAAAGGGAAAGCCCAUUCGCCCUCCAUUAGACCCUGACCAAUGUGCAUAUUGUAAGGAGAAAGGACACCUGAUCAAAGACUGUGAAAAGUUAAAAAAGAAACGGGCCAAAGAGGAAUGAGAAAAGCAGCCCUCGCAGCGAUCCCGAGCCCCCAUGCUCGCCCUAGAUGAAGAAGACUAGGGACUUCGGGGCUCGGACCCCCUCCCCGAGCUCAGGGUAAUGUUUAAAGUGGAGGGGACUCCCGUGGAAUUCGAGGUCGAUACGGGAGCUGUUUAUUCGGCCCUUCAGGCCCCCUUAGGGGCCCUUUCAACUAAGAAAUCGUUAGUUCAAGGGGCUAACGGGAGCAAAUAUCGCUCAUGGACCACUGAGCGCACAGUUGACCUAGGCAAAGGAAAAGUAAAACACUCCUUCCUAGUUAUUCCUGAAUGCCCUGCUCCCCUCCUGGGACGAGACUUAUUAACCAAACUGGGGGCAAAGAUUUCCUUUGAGCACCAAGGACCUCAAGUGACAUUCCGUAACCCAAAGGUUGGGCAACCUAUGGUUACGGUAUUAUCUCUAAAACUGGAAGAUGAAUAUAGGAGAGGAGUAGCGAGAGGAGUACUGACCCAAGCUUUUGGGCCAUGGAGGCGUCCGGUGGCCUACCUCUCGAAAAGACUGGACACUGUGGCGAGCGGGUGGCUGCCCUGCUUAAAGGCCAUCGCAGUGGCUGCCUUGCUCGUCAAAGAUGCUGACAAAUUGACUUUAGGACAAAAAAUAACAAUCAUUGCCCCGCAUACGUUAGAAAACAUCAUCCACCAGCCUCCAGACAGGUGGCUCUCAAAUGCCAGAGUUACUCAUUAUCAGAGUCUCUUGCUCAACAAAGACAAGAUAACUUUUGGACCCCCGGUGACCCUCAACCCGGCGACCCUGCUGCCGGAAGAAGCUCCGGAACCCGUCCUCCAUACCUGCCAGGACGUCUUGGCAGAAGAGGCCGGAGUACGACCGGACUUAUUGGAUUGCCCUCUACCCGACGCAGAGGAUUGGACGAUGCUCCUGCCUUAUGCCCUUUUUCGCACGCGAAACACCCCGUCUGCCAAAACCCCUAACCUUACUCCCUUCGAAAUCCUCUUUGGCACUCCACCCCCCAUUCGAGACCUCACUCCCUUAACCGAACAUGCUGCCUUGUUGCCAACCUCCCUGUCUGACAGGCUCAUCGCCCUCGACAAUCUACAGAGGGACGUGUGGACGCAGCUGGCCUCAGCCUACGCCCCCACGGUAAAGGUUGACGGAGUCGCCUCUUGGAUCCACGCGUCGCAUCUAAAGCCUGCUUCAGUACCAGAGGACAGCUCCUGGGAACUCAAGCGGUCUGAUAACCCCUUGAAACUUAAACUGAGCCGAAAGACUCUUUAA